AGUUUUGCUGGUUGCAGGGAAGGUAGUCAUACACCUUUGAUGCAUUUUACAAGCAAUUGGCAUGCUGUUGUAGUUGUUCAACAGGAUGAGAGAGAGAGGUAGAGAGAGAGAGAGAGGAGUGGGAGGCGGACGGCAAGCACGGGCAACACGGACAGCAUGGAAUCAGAGGUAUGCGUCACACAGAGGAAGAAGCCAACGGAGAGGUCAGGAGCAAACAAAUCAGAAGCAGUGGGAAAUAGGGCCUCAAAGAACCUAUAGGUCACAAAAUAUGGGGUUCUAUGAUCAGGGAAUGUACAAACAAGCCACCCCAUACUUCUUCUCCAAUUUUCCUGAAGAUUGGAGCUACGAAGAGAUGUGGAGAACCUUCCUAAAGUUUGGAAGGGUCUAUGAUAUUUACAGUCCAAGCAGAAAAAGUAGGAGUGGAGUAAGGUUUGGAUUUGUAAGAUUUCUCAAUGUGCAUGACAUAAGGGAGUUGGAGAGACAGCUUGAUCAGAUAUGGGUAGGUGGUCGGAAACUAUGGGUUAAUAUCCCAAAAUAUGGCGAUGAGAAGAAGGUAGAAUUGAAGGGGAGAAUCGGACAGGAAGCAAGGCCAAUAGAUCAGAGCAGGAGCUAUGCGGAAGCAUUAAAAGGACACGGGGUUGGAAAAAUGGAAGGGGCGAGUGAGGGGCAUCUCAGUGCAGAUUUGGUGAGGAGAACAGAGAUAAAAAACAGAGAGGUUUUUGGAAUCAAAGACAGCAGAAAAGUGUGGAAAGAAAAAGGAAGGGGAGCAAGUUGGGCUGGAAUGGAAUACAAGAUUAAGGAAGAAGAUUGUGCAUGGCUUGAAGGAUGUUAUGUAGGGACGACUCGUUCAGUAGAAAUGGUCAGAAAUUUGCAAGAGAAGUUUUAUAUGGAGGGAUACUUCUUUUGCAGAGUCCGUGCAAUGGGGGGCAAAAUGGUGUUGUUGGAUUGCGAAGACAAAGAAGAGUUAAAGGAUCUGGUAGAAAUGGCUGCUGAUUGGCUUGGACAAUGGUUCGAAGAAAUACAACCUUGGUCACCAGAAUUGGUUGCUCAUGAAAGGUUCGUAUGGAUCAGAUGCCAAGGGGUUCCUUUAAAUGCGUGGAGGAGUGAUUUCUUUGAGAAAAUGGGAAGCUCUUGGGGGAAAUUCAUCUGUCUAGAUGACAACACAAGCAACAAGAAGAGAUUUGACAUAGCCAGAUUCUUAAUCUCAACUCCUAUUACGCAUUCAAUAUCCGUCUCACGCCAAAUUAAAGUUAAUGGGAUUCUGCACAAUAUUAUGUUCAAAGAGGAAGAGUUCACCAAUGGGUUCUUUUCUCUAAAACAAGACUUCUUGCCCUCAUUUAAUAGUGAUUCGGAGGAUCAUGAAUCAUGGUCGUUGGGCACUGAUUCGGAUAGCAUGGACAAUGGGUUUGAAAUACCUCAAGAGCUGGGUGUGAAGAACAACAUAGUUGCAGAGAAAGAAGACGAUGACGUGGUGAGGGGCAUGGGAGCAGAUAGAGUAGGCCGGCUGGAAGUGACGCAGGAGCAUGGGGAAGGGACAAUACCAGGUGAAACAAGCAAUCAGGACGUGGUAGCAUUGGGCCUGAAAGAGCAGUCCAAAAGGAGGCUAGACAAAGAUCCAAAAAAGCAAGUGACUAGGAGGGAAGGUGAGGAAGCUGCUAGCUUGGGUCCGGCCCAGUCGGUUACAAGCCCAGACCGACCCAACAAAAAAGAAAAACCUAGAAGUCACGAAACAGAGCAGGAAGCUCCAGUUGAGGAGGAAAUCGACCCAUUCUGGAAAGGGUUCGAAAGUGAGGAAGGUCGAUUGAAAGAGUGGAUGUGCAGGCGGAAAGACAAGAUACGGAAGAGGAAAAAAAGGAAGAAUCGAUCCUGCAGAUCAGUGUACUCCAUCGAUGCAGCUGAUGAGGAAAAAAUCCAGGAAAAGAACUCCCGUGGAAGACAGAGGAUCAAGGAGAAGGAAAGGAGAGCAACACCGGCAACCAGCUCCAAUUACAGCAGCAAAAUAGCAGGGGAAUCAAUAGGAGACAGUGACAUCAGGAAUUGUAACAGAAUUCUGGAGAGACUAUCGAAGGACCAGCUACCGGUGAAUAUAUGGAACUUCGCGAAGAACUUAGGGGUGGUGGCAGAGAAUGAACAACAGGUCACCCAAAGAAUUGAAGACAUGGAGAAGAGAGAUAAAGAGGAGAAAGCAAAUAUGGAGCAAGCGGAGGCAAUAGGCAAGAAGAGGGAGACUAAGUUAGAAAUAGUGGAUAAGAAUAUUUGCAGAAGGGUGUGGGGGACAGAUGAUUUUGAUUGGGUUGUGAAGGCAUCAAAUGGGUUGUCUGGAGGUUUGCUUAGUAUCUGGAAUUCAAAGGUGUUCAGGAAGAUAGAUGUGAUAGAGGGGGAAAAUUUUCUGGGCGUAAGUGGGUUAUGGGGAGAGGAGGACUCACUGGUUUACAUAAUCAACAUUUAUUCUCCAUGCCAGUUGCCGGGGAAAAGAGCAUUAUGGGAGGAAUUACAGGGGCUUAUUACUAGCAGGGGGGGUAAGUGGUGUUUAGCAGGGGAUUUCAAUGCAGUGAGAAAAGAAGAAGAAAGAGCAGGGUGUAGAGAAUUAACAAGAGAAAUGAGGGAUUUCGACGAUUUUAUCCAGAAUACAGGACUGAUUGAUCUACCUUUGAUGGGAAGAAAAUACACUUGGUAUAACUCCAAUGGGCAAUAUAUGAGCAGAAUAGAUAGAUUUUUGUUGACAGAGGAGUGGAUCUUGAAGUGGAGUGAUGUGAAACAAUGGGGACUAAACAGAUCAGUAUCAGAUCACUGCCCUAUUUUGUUGAAAACAGAGAAGAUGGAUUGGGGCCCAAAACCAUUCAAAUUCUUUGAUGCUUGGCUUGAUCAACCAAGGUGCAAGGAGAUCAUCAGAGAAGUGUGGAAGUCUACCAAGGUUAAGGGAUGGUAUGGGUUCAAAUUAAAGGAGAAGCUAAAAAGAACCAAGAAUCAGCUAAAGGAGUGGAGUAGAAACUCCAUCUCAGAGGUGGAUAGAAAGAUAAAGGAAGCUGAAAAGGAGAUAGCCACGACUGAUGAAAAAGGAGAGAAGGGUCAACUCUCAACGCAAGACAUCGAUCAAAGGAAAAGUUGUUUUCUAGAUUUGUGGAAGAACUUAAAAAUCAAGGAAAGCAUGUGGCAACAAAAAUCAAGAAAAAUGUGGCUAAAAGAAGGAGACGCCAACACAAAGUUUUUCCAUAGAUGUGCACAAGGACGAUAUAGAAGAAACGAAAUCCUUUGUAUUCACAUCAAUGGUGAACAGCAUACAGGGGUGGCAAAAAUAAAGGAUGAGGUGGCCAGAUAUUUUGAGGAGUUAUUUACUGAAGAGAAAUGGGAAAGACCAAAGCUAGAUGGCAUCGGGUUCAAUAAAAUAUCAGAAGUAGACAAUGAUACCCUUACAGCAGCUUUCUCCGAAAAAGAAAUCAAGGAAACAGUAUGGGAAUGUGAAGAUUCAAAGUCUCCGGGCCCUGAUGGUUUCAACUUCAGAUUUGUGAAGGCCAUGUGGGAAGAUAUUAAAGCAGAUGUUGUCGGAUUUGUGCAGGAGUUUCAAAAGCAUGGCAAAAUAGUUAAAGGAUCAAAUGCCUCAUUCAUCGUCUUGAUUCCCAAAGUAGAAAAUCCCCAAAAAAUUGAAGAAUACAGACCCAUCUCUCUCAUUGGCGUCAUGUACAAGAUCCUAGCAAAGCUGCUUGCAAACCGACUGCGGAAGGUGAUAGGGGAACAGCAGAUGGCUUUCAUUAGAGGUCGACAGCUAGCAGAAGGGGUAGUGAUUGCAAAUGAAGUGAUUGAUGAGGCCAAGAGGAACAAGAAGAAAUCCUUCAUCUUUAAAGUGGAUUUUGAGAAAGCGUACGAUAAGGUAUGCUGGGGAUUCAUAGAUUAUAUGUUGACAAGAAUGGGCUUUUGUGGAAUUUGGAGAGGAUGGAUACAGGAAUGUCUCCGAUCGAGCUCAGUAUCAGUCAUUAUCAACGGAAGCCCAACGAGACAAUUCUCGGUCACUAAAGGAAUUCGUCAGGGAGACCCAUUAUCCCCAUUUCUUUUCCUAAUUGUAGCUGAGGGGUUGAAUGGGAUGAUGGCAGCUGCGAUUGAAAAGAAGAUGUAUAAGGGUGUAAAGGUGGGCAAUGGAGACCUCAUGGUUUCACACCUUCAGUUUGCAGAUGACACUAUGUUCUUCGGAGAGGCUACUGAAGAAAAUAUUUGGGCAAUAAAAUGUAUAGUGAGAACUUUUGAGAUGGUAUCAGGAUUGAAAAUCAACUAUACAAAGAGUCAUCUUAUGGGUGUUAAUGUGGAAGAAGGCUGGAAAGAAAAAAUGGCUUACAGGCUUUGCUGUAAAGGGAAAGAUCUUCCGGUUAAAUAUCUGGGGAUCCCCAUUGGGGGGAAUCAAAGAAGAAUAGCAAUGUGGAAACCACUGGUGGAAUCUGUGAAAAAGAAAUUAGCUCCGUGGAAAGGCCGUCAUCUAUCCUUCGGGGGACGCAUCACACUCAUUAAUUCCGUGUUGUCUAGCUUGCCCGUGUUCUUAAUGUCAGUCUACCUACUUCCUAAAGGUAUUAUUCAUUUCAUUGAUAAAAUUCGCAAAAACUUUUUAUGGGGAGGGGAGGGAGAGGGUAGGAAAAUCAAUUGGGUCAAAUGGGAAAAGGUUUGUAAGAAUAAACAAUAUGGGGGAUUAGGAGUGAGAGAGUUGAGGAAAUUCAAUCUGGCCUUAAUGGGGAAAUGGUGGGGUCGGCUAGCAAGGAAAGAUCAAGGCUUGUGGGAUAAGGUUAUAGCUAGUAAGUACGGCAAGAGAGGAGGCCAUUGGCUUGAUUGGGUAAGGGAAGGAAGGGGAAUAGGAUCACUAUGGUGGAGGGAUGUUUGCUGCCUAAACAAUGUGGAUGAGGAAAAUGAAGGGUGGUUAAUAGAUGGGUUUAAGUUAAAUCUAGGAGAAGGAAAGGAAGUGAGUUUUUGGUGGGACGAUUGGGGUGGGGAGGGAUGUCUAGCUAAUCUUUUUCCGAGAUUGUACUCUUUGUCUACAGGAAAGGAGAAAGAAUGCUAUCAAAUGGGUGAGGAGGAAAAUGGUUCAUGGAAGUGGUACCUAGGCUGGAGGAGAGACUUAUUUAACUGGGAAAGAGAGGAAGCUGAAGAACUGCAAAAAAAGAUUGAAGGCAAGCGGAUACGCAGGGACAUUCCCGACACAUGGAAGUGGGAACAUAGCAAGGAUGGCAACUACUCAACAAAAACUGCCUAUAGACAUCUAGCAAAUGAUCAAAAUGGACGGGAGACAACCUCAAUAUACAAGAGAGUUUGGAAUCCUAUCAUUCCAAGCAAAAUUUCUGCUUUUAAUUGGCUACUAAUGCAGGAUAGAAUACCAACAAAGAGCAACCUGCAGAAAAGAGGGAUCAUAAGUGGAUUGGGUGAUGGGAAAUGUGCUCUAUGUGAGGGGGAGAUCGAGGACUCUAGUCACCUCUUCUUGAAGUGUAGGGUAGCAAAGUGGCUAUGGAAGGCUUGUGGGAAAUGGUGGGGGAUUUCAGUUAAUUUGGAAAAUAAUUGCUGGAAUUCUUUUGAGCAGUUUGGGGAACAGGCGAAGGAAGCAUGUGUGAAGGAAGGCUUGGACUGUAUUUGGAACGUUGUGGUGUGGUCGGUAUGGCUCGCAAGAAACCAGAAGGUAUUUCGAGAUUCCGACGUCAAUAUAAGGGUAGGAAAUAGAGUUUGCCCAUUGCGUGGAUAGUUUAGCUUAAGUUAAGCAGGAAUUGUUAGAAUAUCCCACUGUUUUCUUCAGGUUUUGUUGAGCAAAUAAUGACUCUUGUUGGCAUGUAGACGGAGUCAGUAGAUGCUCACUAUAUCACCUAUUUUUGUAGUAUGGGCAGGAGUACCCCUUGUACUCUAAUCAAUGAAUCAAAUUUGC